GGGCUGAGCCAGCGCCCUGGAGGAUGGGGAAGGUUCCGCCGGCCCCUCCCCCAGCCGGGGCUCUCCUCACAAGUUCCCAGGGUGACAGUUCAGUCUUGAAACUGAAAGCAAAGCUGAACCAAGAACACAAACCCACACACAGCACCGAAGGUCAUCUUCUCCGGCGCUGGUGGCGGUAGUGCACUGGUGAGCACCCAGGACAUCUGGCCCACGUGUCCCUCUGUCCCCAGACCCUCUGGAGGCAUGGUCAGGUCUGAGUCCCUUGCCUGAGAGCUGGGUCUGACACAACAUAACCCCCAUGGCGAGACACUUCUUCCUCUGGACUCCACCUCUCAGCGCUAAUGUGCCUCUACUCCCCAGGUGGCCUGAGACAAUGUCAACUAGAGCCAGGCAGAGUCUGCACGAGCGCUCUGCCCACCCACAAGGCCCCACCAACAUCCCUCACACAAGAUUCCUUCCCAAGCCAAGGAGAUUUUAGGGAUUCCUCUUGUCCUCCUUGAGGCCAGGCCUGGCUUCUUCGUGGCUGCACCCUGGGGAUUAGUCUUGGAGGCAGGCAGAGCCCAAAGUCCCUCGAUCUGUCACCUUCUCUGGAAGAAGAUGGGGAGGGGGCGAGUAGGAGGCUGUGUGUUUUCAGGGCUGGCUCAGGAUGCCGAUGCUGGCGACCCGGGCUGGCACCAAGGCUUGGCCACUUUCUACUAGAGGUGAUGGGCUGGCUUCCUCUCUUCUCCCUUGUUCUUUACCUGUCUUCUUUCCUCUCCUUCCCCUUUCUUCUCCCGCGUUCCUCCCUUUCUGCCUUCCUUCUUCUGGCAGUCUGCCCUGGCAUGGGCAGGUCCCUCUGGUUCACUAGCUGUCCUAAAAGCUUCGCUCUAGGAAGGUGACUUACUCAUGGCCCCCAUUUCUCUUCUCUUAGGUCUAUCCUGCGGUUGGCCCAGCCCAGCAUGCAGCCCUGAGCCUGGCUUAGGCUAAUUCCGACUCCAGCUCUCUGCAGCCCCUAUUUUACUGUGGUUCAGGGUGUAGGCUCUAGGCUCCGAGGUAUUCUAGCAGCUUCUCUUCAUCAAGAAAACCCCGCAGCUCCAGAGGGCCCUGCAAAUCCCGCUACCAGCUCUCUGAGAAGGCAGCAUGGCUAUUACCCUGCAGCCCAGUGACCUGAUCUUUGAGUUUGCAAGCAACGGGAUGGAUGACAUCCACCAGUUGGAAGACCCCUCAGUGUUCCCAGCCGUGAUCGUGGAGCAGGUACCCUACCCCGAAUUACUGCAUCUGUACUCAGGCCUGGAGCUGGAUGACGUUCACAAUGGCAUUCUAACGGAUGGGACCUUGUGCAUGACGGAGAAUCAGAUCCUGGAGGGCAGGUUUUUGUUGGCAGAUGACAAUGAAGCAACCUCGCCCUCCAUGUCAACCACCGAAGUCUUGCUCAAUGUGGAAUCUCCCAACGAUGUCCUGGAUGAGAAGCAGAUCUUCAGCACCUCCGAAAUGAUUCCAGACUCAGACACUGCUCCAGCCGUCUCUCUGCCCAGCUACCUGUUUCCUGCCUCUGAGCCCGAGGCCCUGAACAGGGAGGGUGACACUGGUGGCCAGGAGGUGCACUCUCUGGAGGAGAAGAGCCUCAGAGAGGAGAACGCCAAGAAGACUGGGAAAUCAAAGAAGAGAAUCCGAAAGACAAAGGGCAACCGAAGUACCUCACCUGUCACCGACCCCAGCAUCCCCAUACGGAAAAAAUCCAAGGAUGGCAAAGGCAGCACCAUCUAUCUGUGGGAGUUCCUCUUGGCACUUCUGCAAGACAGAAACACCUGUCCCAAGUACAUCAAGUGGACCCAGCGAGAGAAAGGCAUCUUCAAGCUGGUGGACUCCAAAGCUGUGUCCAAGCUGUGGGGGAAACAGAAAAACAAGCCUGACAUGAACUAUGAGACAAUGGGGCGGGCCCUAAGAUAUUACUACCAAAGAGGCAUCCUUGCCAAAGUGGAAGGGCAGAGGCUGGUGUACCAGUUUAAGGAGAUGCCCAAGGACCUGGUGGUGAUUGAAGAUGAGGACGAGAGAAGUGAGGCUGCAGCCAUGUCCCCUCAGGCCUCCACCUCCUCCACUCCCUCCACCACCACCACCCGCCGAGCCAGCUCCAGGGUCUCUUCCAGAGCCACCACCCAGGGCAAGGGCAGCCCUUCCUGGGAGAAGCCAAAGGUUCAGCAUGUUGGUCUGCAGCCAUCUGCGAGUCUGGAAUUGGGACUGUCCCUAGAUGAGGAGAUCCCCACUACCUCCACUGUGCUUGUCUCUCCACCAGAGAGCCAGGCCAAACUCACCCAAGCCGUGAGCCCUUCUUCAGUGCCUGGCAACAUCCACCUAGGAGUGGCCCCUGUGGGGUCAGGCUCUGCCUUGACCCUGCAGACAAUCCCGCUAACCACGGUGCUGACCAACGGGCCUCCCACCAGUACUACUGCUUCAACCCAGCUAGUUCUCCAGAGCGUUCCACCUGCUUCAACCUUCAAGGACACCUUCACUUUGCAGGCCUCGUUUCCCCUGAACACCAGUUUCCAAGAGAGCCAGGUGGCAGCACCAGGGCCUCCACUGAUUCUCAGUGGCCUUCCCCAACUUCUGGCUGGGGCCAACCGCCCAACCAAUCCAGCACCACCCCCGGUCACGGGUGCUGGACCAGCAGGCCCCAGCUCUCAGCCCCCUGGGACUGUCAUUGCUGCCUUCAUCAGGACUUCCAGCGCCACAGGAGCCCCUGGGGUCAAGGAGGGGCCACUCAGGUCCUCCUCCUAUGUGCAGGGCAUGGUGACUGGGGCCCCUAUGGAGGGGCUGCUGGUUCCUGAAGAGACCCUGAGGGAGCUCCUGAGAGACCAGGCUCACCUUCAGCCACUCCCAACCCAGGUGGUUUCAAGGGGUUCCCAGAAUCAGAGCCUUAUGGGGAACCAGACUUUCUCUCCACCCAGCCGCCCCACUGUUGGGCUGACCCCAGUGGCUGAACUUGAGCUCUCCUCAGGCUCAGGGUCCCUGUUUAUGGCUGAGCCUAGUGUGACCACCUCUGGGAGCCUUCUGGCCAGAUCCCCCACUCCAGCCCCCUUCUCUCCAUUCAACCCAACUUCCCUCAUUAAGAUGGAGCCCCAUGAUAUAUAAGCGAAGGGGCUGGGGGAAGUGUGGCCUACUAGGCCAAUUUGAGUAGCAUUUUUUUGUGGACUUCCUCUAGUGGAGACUGACUUCAGUAGAACACCCUGCCCUUACAUUUCAGCCCCCAUCCCUGCCUGGCAUCACCAUGGUCAAGCUCUGCCUAGUUCAAACCUCCCUGGUAUCAGACCAUGGCCUUCAAGAGUAUUAGGGGGAUAUGCUCUUGCCAGGAUAAUGGCCUGACUUGGCAAUGGAGGGAAAACCUCCUGGGCCAGGGAGAAGUCAGUGCCCAGGCCAGGUGCAGGGCUUAGCGAGACGCGGCCUUUUGCCUGACUGCAUUUCACCAGCCGCAUUCCCUACACAGGGAACUUGCUAUCCCGUAUGUGAAUAUCUCUGUAUGUAUUUGUGUGUAUUUGUGAGUUCGUAUCUUAGUUUCUUCGGGGGGAACAAGGGUGUAGCUGUGAGGUCUUCAAGGGUGUGUGUCUCUCUGUGGGUCUGCCACAGACGCGGGGACUUUUUUAAAGGGAAAAGCAUGAGGUAAUUCCCUUUGUACAAACCAAGAUUUGGUUGCUCUGGGACUAUGGGGUACAGGUUGGAGCCUCCAGGUCUAGAGAGAUGUCACAGCUGUCACAGGAUGAAGGUAGGAGAGCUGCAAUGUAUGUGGACCAGGAGACGGGGAUGCAGUUGGAAGGGACGAGAAGACCGAGUGGUAUAAAACCACGAAGAGAGGCUAGCCUGAGGUGCUUUCUCUUCCUGGAGUUUGCUGCACUGGCCACCACAGUCGCCACGCGAAAAGGCUGCGACCGUGGCUGCCCCAGAGUGCUUUGCCAGGGGCAAAGUGCCCCUCCAGAGUCAGAGCCAGCCACAAAAUCCCCAGUCAGGGCUGACUUAAUUGAGCAUCUGUGCCUAGGGCUUUGGGCUGUUUCUGGAAUACCAGCCCUCUGCAGGACAACAGUCUUCUCUGACACCCUGGCCUACAUCCUCGGUCCUGGGUUCCCUCUGGAUUAAUUUUUAAAAGCCAGUUGCUGGUGAGUCAGCUCUAACUCCCGGCAACUCCAUGCAUGUCAGAGUAGAACUGUGCUCCACAGGGUUUUCAAUGGCUCAGUUUUCAGAAGCAGAUCACCAGGAUAUUCUUCCAAGGCAUCUCUGGGUGAACUUGAACCUCCAACCUUUCAGUUAGCUGCUAAGCAUGUUAACUGCACCACCCAGGGACUCCGUGGAUUCAUUUUGCCCCUGAUAUUUCCCAGCUGUCAGGCCUUGCUGAGGAUAGUCCUGGAGUGGUGUAGAUUGGGCCCACUGCCACUCUGCUCCUGCCACCCAGCCUGCUUUCUACUCAUCUCGUGGGGUUCCUAACCCACUCUCCCGAUGGAUCCCGCAGACCUUCUCAAGUAGACCAUUGCCCCUCAUCUCCAACUCAUUCCUCCUCCACUAAGAAGACAAGUGCUCCCAUGGUGCCUCUCCUGUCUCCAUCCAUGUGGCUCGUUGCUCCCCUCUGUCCUCUUUCUGAGGGUCAACCUAUUCUCUCUUAAAGCCAACCCCUGAGCCAAGGGCUGGGUCCCCUCCCCCCUCCCCUCUUUGAAUUAGCCUGUCUCUCUUCUGCCAAGUUUGGGGGCAAGGCUAAGAAGUGUCAGCCUUGGAAACAGCCAUGUCUUUCUGGUGAAUUUGGUUGGUGUGAAAUUUGUGCCUCAGGACCUUUGCUAUGUCCUCGGUACAAAGCCGCACACUUGACCUAACUACCUCCCCUGGUUGCUCUUCACGCUCUUCACCCUCUUCUGGUCGCUACCAGCCCUAUCAUCUUUUCCCACUCUCGUUCUUCUCCCUCCUCCUCCAGGAGGAAACCAUCUAUGGUUGUGCAGGUGCAUUACUACACAUCUCCACCAGAUGGCAUUAAAGUGUCUUUUUCUAAUAAAAUCAGUUUAUUAUGGCAGUUUCCUGGUGGUUGCAAGUAAAGCGUCUUGAGAAGGGGUCACCUUUGUAAAAUGUGCACAAAGGCGCUGCAUGGGUUAGGGGCGGCCCUUCCCCCCCCAAAACCUGGCUUCUGUCCCUCCCCCCCAGAAACUCAUCAUCGGAAGGUAAUCGAUACCCUCACAGUCAAAUCCAACGUCUUCUUCACACUUCUCGGUCCCUUCUAGCCCUCACAGCAUGUGACACUACUUCCUAUUCCCUCCUCUGCACUAUCCUGGUUCUCCUGCACUCUCCUGCUGCCCGUCCUCUGUGCCUGUGCUGGCUCUUCAUCUGUGGCUUUAAAUGUGGGUGCACCCCAAGGGUCUCGUCCAUUCUCAUGGCUCCAGUUCGGCUCUAGAAUGCCAGCCCCUCCUUUCCUCCUCAGCUCCUGGCUCACAUCUGGUGGCCUGCCAGCCAUUUCCACCUAGAUGCCUGUCAGCCCCUCAAAGACAGCCCUCUAUUAAAAAUGGAUUUCCAUAUUCUUCCCAUGUACACAAAAAACCUUCCCCAAACUAAAAACCUCCACGCCUUCUUUCUUUCUGUUCAUGAUGUCGCCAUUUCUCUGACCUUCUAACCUUGAAAUAGCAGACCUGUCCGAUGGCUGCCUUGUCCCAUUCUCCCAUUUCCGGAGAUCCAGCCCAAUUUGCAAUGUCUCUAACGUCUGGCCUUUCUUCCACAUUCCCAGAGCUUAACUCAACUCCCCUAGCUUCCCUCCCCUGAACACACUAAUGGCCCCCAGUAUGAUCAGUGGCACCCCCUCUGAUCUGCCAGGGAACCAAUUCUGUCCUUCUGCUGAAGAGCCUCCAGUGGCUCCUCACUGCCUACAGGUAGGAGUGAUACUCAAAAUACUUCACCUCCAAGCCAUCCUAGGUGGCUGGGCAUGAAUUCUUUAGUUGCUGGAUCGUGAGGCAGUCCAGGGGUCCCGGAAGAGCUGGGGAGGGCACUUGGGAGGGCUCAGGGCAGUAGUUCGGGAAGUAUUUCAAGCUUGCCCUGCUUUCUGACAAGGUCCCGAGUCCUCAGCCUGCCAUUCGAGGCCCUUGCCCAUCGGGUCGUAACUGACUUUUCCAGUCCUCUCCCCCACUGGUCGUCCACGUGAAUGCGCGGCCCCAGUUGAACUGAUGGGCUCACUGGCCUCUGGACAUGCGUGGGGCUUUCCCCCCUCUGUGCUUUUGCUUUAUUUGGUUCUGUUUGGCAACAGUGGUCUUUCCACGUCUCUUCUUACCAGUUUCUGUCAACUCCAACUCACGGUGACCCCACGUGUUCAGAGUAGAACUGUGCUCCGUAAGGCUUUCUUGGCUGUGAUUUUUUAGUAGCUCACCAGGCCUUUCUGAGGCACCUCUGGGUGGACUCCAAUCACCAACCUUUUGGUUAGCAGUCAAACACCUCCAAUACCAACUAAAUCGUACCUGUCCUUCAAGACUCAACUCAUGGAAGCAUCCUCCCCACACCAGCCUAGCCUUAAGUGAGUUCUUGAUUUUGAACUCAUAGCAAUUGCCACUCUUUUGGCAACUGAUCGUGACCAGCCUGUGACAUCUCCUCUAUCGUAAUCACUGUUACUGUUACUGAAAUCUUGAACAACCUGUACCUAGUCUCCCCAAUUAAUGUGUUACCUCCUGAGGGGCGGGGGCCUGUAUCACCUGCAGAACAAGGCACACCACGAGUGUACAGUGAACAUCAACCAACAGUGACUGGUUGAGCUGGUGGGAGAAAGGGAGCCGAACUUUGAGGUGGGUGACCUCUGACCUCCUGUCUGCACAGGCACUCAUCCCAGGUGCUCCACUGCCCAGGGGCUGCCCUCCCUGGCUCAGUGCCCUCAUGAUACCCCCACCCCUCAGCCUUACCACCCAAGAUUUGUUACUACUUUAAACAUCUUCUGCCCCUAAAGAGACUUCCCUGUCCAGUUUCUUUCUUACUUAAGGUGUUAAACCUGCCCAUCUGAUAAAUUAACCUGUGCUGAUAUAGUUAAGGAAACCCUGGUGGCAUAGUGGUUAAGUGCUACAGCUUCUAACCAAAGGGUCGGCAGUUCGAAUCCACCAGGCACUCCUUGGAAACUCUAUGGGGCAGUUCUACUCUGUUCUAGAGGGUUGCUAUGAGUGGGAAUCGACUCAAUGGCAACAGGUUUGAUAUAGUUAUGGGAGAGGGCUAGAGGAGAACCUCAGGAGACAGGUUCACUUGAACGGGGGUCAUGUGGCAACCACAUCCCUGCCUUUGCCACAGUGUCAUGGAGGAGAGACCCCAUCCCCGCCCCCAGUACCUGACGUAUUCCUUUUUCAACACUUUGUACGUACCUCUUAUUUUUUUUCUUAUUGUAGCACUUAGCACAUUGCAGCACCUUCCUUAUUUAUGUAUGUUUCUCCUCCGAUAGACUGUGAGCUCCUCAAGGACAGGGACUGUGUGUUGGUCACUGCUGUAUCUCCAGCGCCUAGCACAAUGCCUGGCACACAGUAGGUGCUCAAUAAAUGUUCAGUGAAAGAACGAAUGAGUCCUGUCUCUAAUUAGGGGGCCUUCAGCCCUCUACUAUGGCAGGUAAGAGGAGUGGGAGAUGGACAACCCACCCCAGUUCUUUGACCGCUCAUAUAACACUGCCAGGAGCCCUGGUAAUGCACUGGUUGAAGUGCUUGGCUGCUAACCGAAAGGCUGGUGGUGGGAACCCACCAGCUGCUCUGAAGGAGAAAGAUGCGGCAGUCUGCUUCCCUAAAAAUUUACAGCCUUGGAAACCCUGGGGGCAGUUGUACUCUAGCCUAUGGGUCGGUGUCAGUCCGGAACCGACUGGACAGCAAAGCGUUUGGUUACGUUUUGUAACACUGCGAGGCAGCUGCUUCCUUUGCCCAUGUCUAGAGCCACAGAAUCCACAACAAACCCAGGGCUGGUUCCAGCUGUGCCUUGCUGUCACCAGGCACAGCGGGCCAACUCCUGAUCUCCCUUCCUCGGCUGCUGCCUCCUUCCAGGGACUGCCUCACCACGAUUUUCCUCUUCCUUGGGCAGGACUGAGCGGUGGAACUCUUACGCCCCAGUGGAACGGGCGGAAUAAGAAGUUAUACUGACGACCAUAGACCUUUCUGAC